AACAUCACCUGCACUUUCAGCGUAUCAUUUUCCGGGGAAAUGGGAAAGGUAUAUAAUUAGUUGGGUUCCCGAACUUUAAACUCACGUCUUGAUUUUCACGAUUUACCGACUUCCCCUACAUUUCCUCCACCAUGCCCCAGGCCGUGACCGAAGCAAGUCCGGACCUAGCGAUAGCGCUUGACGUCCCCAACCGGGAAUUCAACCCAGGCGAGCCCAUCACGGGCCGCGUCUACCGACACAGCCACGUCGUCUCUUCCGAGGCCCUCGUGAGCGUCAAGCUCUACGGCCGCACCAAGGUGCGCGUCGACUACACCACCAACAGCGGCAACAGCAACCACCACCACACGGUGCGCUCGCGCUUCGAGCUGCUCGGCUCCGGCCCAGCCUUCUACAACACCAUCUUCCGAGGACCCAUCCACAUCCCACCAGACGGCAGCAAACCCGAAUCCUGGCCCUUUUCCUUCUCCCUCCCCUUCGGCCCCGUCAACCCCCAAGGCAUCUGCGAGGGAGCCCACAACAAACAGAAACAUUCUUUCUUACCGAUUGAUCCACCCGACCAAAUCACCUCCCACCCUCUCCCUUUCACCUUUUACACCCAAAUCGGCUCGCGCUACUACAACGGCAUCGAGGCCUACGUCGAGUACGUCCUCGAGGCCGAGUUCUUCGAGCAACACACUCCCCGCUUCAGCAGCUCUCCCUCGGCCAAGAAAACCGCCACGGCCGUACUCCCCAUAACGAUCCGCCCACCAACUAUCCCCCCUCUGCAUCCGGAUGAGUGGCGUCUAGGUCGCUGGGUGAAGCGCGAGGGGGUGCGCACACAGCGGUUAAUCCCCGAGUUUGCAGAUAGCGAGGAGCUUUCCUUCAAGCAGAAAACUCUUAAGUUGUUUCACUCGUCCAAAGUGCCCAAGUACUCGUUUGACGUGUUGGUGAUUACACCUGGGGUGAUCCAAUUGGGCAGUGUGGAUCCUGUGCCGUUUCGGGUGGCGGCUGUGCCGCGGCUGGGGCCAGCGGAUGAGACGAGCGACGAGGUGAAGGAGUUGGAGAGGACUCCGACGGUUAGUGUGGUUAGUUUGCGGAUGGUGGUCAAGACGAGGACGGAGGUCAAGGUGGGUAAUUCGAGGAUUUGGGAUCGGUAUACGGAUAAGACGGAUAAGGUCGUUGAGUGGAGCUGGGUGUGGAAGGAAGGGGAGGAGGGGAUGGUGUUGCCGGUUUGGGAUAGGAGGAUGGGCUCGAAUGCGGGUGCGGAUGCGGGCUUGGAGGGUGAGGAGAAGAAGGAGAAGAUGGCCUUGGGGGAAAAGGGGCAGUUUAUGGACGAAAAGGCAGCGUUGAAGGGGGGAAUGAGUCCAGCUGCUGGUGUUGCUGGUGGGAGUAGUAGUGGUGGUAGUAGUGGUGGUCCUGCUUCUGGUUCAACAGGAGAACCGCCGGCUCGAGAUAUCGGAGCUGAGCUGGGGUUGAGGUUUAACCCGACGGAAUUGGCGUAUAACGGUGGACCGGCGAAGCUGAGAGCACUCCUCUACCCGGAUUUCAUGACAUAUAAUAUUCGGCGGACGCAUGAGCUGAAGUGGGAGAUGGUUCUAGCGGUGGCGAAGGAGACUGUCAAGGUGUCGAAUGAACAAGUAGUUAGAUUUGUGGCGCCUUGGACUUGAUCUAUCUAAGUACAUGCACGUAAUCAUGGAUUGGUUUGACGCACGAUGGCUCGAUGAGACUAGCUGGUCCGAAACAAAAUAGAUGAGACC